CCGCACCUCUCUCCCCCUCCCCUCUUCACGGCUCAGUCCGGGACUGGGAUGGCCACGGAGAACACACACCAGCAGCAGGACGAGAACCGGACAGCUGCCUGGAGGACACUAGGGAACAGCGGGAACCGGACGGAACCUUAGGGGGUUCUUUGAGUUCCAGCUUCUCCUCCUCUUCCUCCUCCUCCUCUUCUUCCUCCUCAGACUCUUCUCCAGCCCCAGGACACGAACAGAGGAUAUAUAUUUCUCUUUUUUUUCAUCACAGAUUGGCGUUUUUUACUUGUUUACUUUUUCGAUUGGCUUUUUUCCUGUUUUUCUGUUUAUUUUUCCCCUCCUGCUUUGGCCUCUUCUGCAGUGCAGCUGAGAUAGAGUUGAUAUUCUUUCUGUUUUGUUUUUCACUUUUGCCACCACUCCCUUCAGGCAAAAAAAAGAAAGAAAGAAAGAAAGAAAGAAAGAGAGAAAACUGUAGCCAGUGAGUUAUUUAACCUUAUCAACGGUGUCUGUGGAGUUGUGGAAUCAGUGGCCAGGCUAAUUCAUUUUGCCCUCAUUGAGUCCUCUUGUUUCGAAUAUAAACAAAAAGAGACUGACAAAAGAGCUGCGUUGAAGAUGAACUACCUGAGAUCUACCGGUCAGUAAAAGGAUGUUGUAGUGCCUCACCUCUCUGGCUCGGCGGUUUAGAAACUGUAGCCCUCUCCUGCUUUGCAGUGGAACUACUUAACACGAGGACUCAACGCCGCUCAACGCCAGACACUUCAGGGAGGAAGCUGUGUGCUGGUGUUGGUGUCACUGCUGCAACUGCUACCACCGCUCAGACACCUGCGCUCACUCAUUUACUUAGUAGACACACACACACACACACACACACACACACACACACACACACACACACACCUGGAGAUUUGUUUACAUUUGAGCUGUUGCCACAGGUGUGCAGGUGUGUGUGCGUAUGCGUGCCCUGUGUGUGUGUGCGCACACGUGUUUUUUUUUUCUGCGAGUGAUAUUUUUUCCCUCUUUUUUUUUCCGUAUUGUUGCGCUCUCGUGGAAGUGAGAUUAAAUCCUCCAGGACUAAAAGAGCGUUGCCCCUGACGACAUCAGGGCGUGCAGCAGCAGCAGCAGCGGCGGCAUAACUCUUUGGAUGUGAGGGUGGUGCUGGUGGUGCCGCUGGUGGUGCAGCUGGUGGUGGUGGUGGUCGUAGUAGUGUUGGUGGUUGCCAGGACGGAAAGAGAUCGCCAUGGGGAAUGCGGCCGGGGGCAUGGACCUGCCGCUGGGCAAGGAGGGCAAGGAGGGCAAGGGGGCGCCCGCUGGGGGGGGCACGCCGGGGGCUGCCCACAGGCAGACGGGGGGGCCCAGGCUGCCCAUGCCCGUCGAGGAGGAGCUGGAGGAGAGGUUCAACGCAGUGCUGAACUCUAUGAAUCUGCCACCUGAUAAGGUCAAGCUCCUGUGUCAAUAUGAUAAUGAGAAGAAGUGGGAACUCGUAUGUGACCAGGAGCGCUUCCAGGUGAAGAACCCCCCCUCGGCGUACCUGCAGAAGCUGCGGGGUUACGUGGAGCAGGGCGUCUCCCGUAAGUUUAAAAGACGUGUCCAGGAAUCUACGCAGGUGUUGAGAGAGCUUGAGAUCUCCCUACGGACCAAUCACAUAGGCUGGGCUCAGGAGUUUCUGAAUGAGGAGAAUAAAGGGCUGGAUGUGCUGGUGGACUACUUGUCUUUUGCCCAGUGUGCCGUCACGUAUGAUAUGGAGACUCUGGAUAAUGGUGACGCCCUGACAGAGAAAUCAGUGGAGGACUUAAGCAGGAGCGCCAACAACUCACCUUCCCACAAUGCCUCUCGGGGCACACGUGGACUUCCUGUACGAUUCAACUCUCUCCACAACAGGAAGGCUCUGAGGAACUCACGCAUCGUCAGUCAGAAGGACGACGUCCACCUCUGUGUCAUGUGUCUCCGAGCCAUCAUGAACUAUCAGUCUGGGUUCAACCAGGUAAUGACACAUCCUCACUGUGUGAACGAGAUCGCACUCAGCCUCAACAACAAGAGUCCAAGGACUAAGGCGCUGGUGCUGGAGCUGCUGGCCGCUGUGUGUCUGGUCAGGGGCGGCCAUGACAUCAUCCUCUCUGCCUUUGACAACUUCAAAGAGGUGUGUGGGGAGAAGACACGCUUCGAGAAGCUGAUGGAGUAUUUCACUCACGAGGAGAGCAACAUUGACUUCAUGGUGGCGUGCAUGCAGUUCAUCAACAUUGUGGUCCAUUCGGUGGAGAACAUGAACUUCAGGGUGCACCUGCAGUACGAGUUCACUCACCUGGGCCUGGACGGCUGCCUGGAGAGGUUGAAGCUGACGGAGAGUGAGCGUCUGCAGGUGCAGAUCCAGGCCUACCUGGAUAACGUGUUUGACGUGGGCUCUCUGCUGGAGGACGCCGAGACCAAGAACGCUCUCCUGGAACACCUGGAGGAGGUGCAGGAGCACAACAGACAGCUGAACAGCAGGUUGGAGGAGAGUGAGAGAGAGAAUGAGGAGAAAGUGUGUGAGCUGGAGAAACAGCUCAUCCAGACCACAAAAGAAGUUGAGAUACUGAAGGAGAGUCUGCGGGAGUCCUGUGCGCAGGUGACGGUGCUGCAGCAGAGGGAGAGAGAGCGAGAGCUGGAGAGGGAGAGAGAGAAGGAGAGGGAGCGGGACCGCGACCGGGACCGGGACCAGUCGGCGCGGGCCCUGCUGGACCUGGAGCACAAGGUGCAGGUGCUGGCGGAGCAGGGGCUGGUCCGGGUGGAGCGCAACGCGUCCGGGACGCUGGACAUCCACCUGGUGCCUGUUAGAGUGGAGCGGGUGGAGGCAGCUCAGGCACCUGUGCAGUCAACAGAGACCGACGGGGCAGUAAUCGGUGACUCUCCUGCGGAUCCUGCCCCCACGCAAGAGACCCAGUCACCUCCACCCCCUCCUGCCCCACCUGUACCCCCACCUGCCCCCGCCCCACCCCCACCCCCGCCUCCUCCACCUCCCCCUGGGUGUGGACCCCCACCCCCACCUCCCCCUGCGCUCGGAGGACCAGCUGUCCCUGUACCAGCUUCAGGUGAGAGGGGAGACCGCAUCCCGCGCCUCACACACCGCAUCAGCACGCUCACCUUCAUGGGCAACUUCAGCGACAGCGUCCAGAUGCUGCAGCCGCAACUAGACGCCCUCAUCGCAGCCUCUAUGUCCAUUAAGUCAUCUUCCAAGCUGAAGAAGAUACUUGAGAUCAUCCUGGCGUUCGGGAACUACAUGAACAGUGGCAAGAGGGGAGCGGCCUUCGGGUUCCGACUACAGAGCCUCGACAUGCUGCUGGACACCAAGUCGACGGACCGGCGGCAGACCCUCCUCCACUUCAUCGUCAGCAUCAUCCAGCAGAAGUACCCCCAGCUGCAGGGCUUCUACUCAGAGCUGCCCUUCAUGGACAAGGCAGCACUGGUGUCUCUGGACAGCAUGCUGCAGGAUGUGCGAGCCCUGGAGAGGGGGAUGGAUUUGACCCGGAAGGAGUUUGAGGAACAGGAAGAGAGCACGGUGCUGAGAGACUUCCUGUCCAGCAACGAGAAGCUGCUGGAGUCCAUGGUGAAGGACAGCAAGACCGCACAGGAGGUGUAUGACUCUGUGGUAGAGUACUUUGGCGAGAACCCCAAGACCACCCCUCCGUCCGUGUUCUUUCCCGUGUUCGCCCGGUUCAUCAAAGCCUACAAGCAAGCGGAGCAGGACAUUGAUCAGAGGAAGAGGCAGAGUGCUGUGAUGGGUGAAGAGGGCCGAGACACACUCUCAUCGCCCACUGGCAAAGCUGACUCUCAGAAGUUACCCACAAUGCCCAAGCUGCCGCAGAUGGACCUGAUCGCCGAGCUGAAGAAGAAGCAGGUCACCUCGCUGGUGCGAGAGGGCAAGGACGGCGCCAUCGAGGACAUCAUCACAGGUCUGAGGAACCAGCCGUACAUCCGUGCAGAUGGAGGUAGACGCAGUGCUAAGUGGAAACCUGCUCAGCAGCUGCAAGUGUCCUCAGACAUCUCUCUGUAAUGCGCGUACACACACACACACACACACACACAAACACACAAACACAAACACACACAAAGGUACACACACAGGUACACACACGCAUGCAUGCACGCACACACACACACACACACACACACACACACACACACACAGACACACACCGGUACUCACACGCAUGCAUGCACGCACACACACACAGACACACACACACAGACACACACACACAGACACACACACACACACACACACACACACACACACACACACACACACACACACACACACACACACACACACACACAAUGACGUGCCCACUUGCCCUUAUAACAUAUGCACAUUAUUUUCUGCAUCGAAGCUGCUCAUUACUUAUGAACUAAUUAAAUCUCAAAUCAGCUGUUGUCACUUUCAAUUGCAUCAUACUAGCCCUCCCUGAGUUCAACACACAUAGAAACCUACACAAACCUGGAAGCACAUUCACACAAACACACACACAAACACACACACACACACACACACACACACACAAGCACACAUACACACACACACACACACACACACACACACACACACACACACACACACACACACACACACCUCAGGUUGGACUUGUUACUGAGGAUCACUAUUUCAUCUCAUGUCUUCUGUCAGAACAUUGCAAUCUCACAGACAGAACUGAAGACUGAAGCAAAAAGCUCAGCCUGUACUGUACUUCUCCUCGUUCUUUCUCUUUCUCUAUCCCUCUCUUUCUCUCUCUCCUUCUCUCAUCAUUAUGUUCCAUAACUAGAGCUGGAACAGGAGCAGACUUACCUGAGAUCAGAGGUUGUUAGACGUGUAAACAAAGCAAAACAAAUGCGAACAAAAUUGUUUUCUGUUUUCAUAGAGUUCACUGUGAAUGUUUUGCACACAAACAAGUCUAAGUUUUUGGCAAACAAACAUGGAUGCUGAACUAAAGGUUUCCUUUUUAAAGUCGACAAACUUGGAAUGUUCACACAACAAUGGCAACAUUUAAAUGUUUAUAGAAAAUAUGUUUGCCUCUGUUUUGCAGAAUUUGAAUGUGCCUCUGGUGUACCAUCGUUAAAACAGAAACUGUAUGCAAUCAGCUUGCAACACAAUCCACUCAAUAUGUACAGUAAUAUAUACAGGAAAUCAUUUUAUAAUAAUGGAUGUUUAUGAAUAACACCUGUUGUUUUGGUUUGACCAAUUAAAAUUUUAUACCUGGA